AUUUGAUUGAGCUUCUCCCUCCCCAAUAUGAGUGGUUCUGGCGAUGAUCGAUGGCGCGGGGGCCGCACAUACGACCAAAACCGCCAGUCGGGACAAAGGCACUCCAUGCACAGAACGAUGAGCGCGCAUAGUGGCUCUCGUGGUGGACAGAACCAGAAUACCACCUGGGGAGAGUCGCGUGAUCAGCUCUCCACUGGGCCAGCUCAGGAACAACAUGUCCCUGUGCGAGGCUUCAAUGCUGCCGAGGCGAAGGGGGCUCUCAAGAGAAAUUCAAGAGAGCCGAAGCCCUUCCUUUAUAAACCUGGUGGAAAGGACACAAACCGCUCUGGACCUUGGGGCUCGAAACCAAACACUAUGGCCAACGGCAAGGACUUCUUCCUCGAGCUUCGCAAACAAAUCACCACUCUGCGGCAAGGUGACAAUGUCGCGGGCGGUUGAUUUGAAACCUCAUUUUUGAUCACUAGAUAGUCGAUGCGAGGAAAUCACUGGUGUCACGACUCUCUAGCCAAAAUUCAGCGGCAGCUGGGUCCUCGAAGGGGCCGUGGACAACAGGAGCUCUCUGGUCGCUGGCCGAUUGGAUGAUAGUAUCCUCAAAAUCACUAGAUGGGCAGCAUUGAUACAUGCGCUUUUUGACAAAAAGUCGUUGGCACUAUAUUUGGGUGUAGGAUAAGACUACCCGGGCAGCGCUUUCUAUACGAUUGUCAGAUAGAUCUGGUAGAAAAC